GAUCCAUUCUGCUUCCAUCUCCUCCAUCAGGCUUGAGGCUUCGACCAGAUCACAGCUCUCCAGUUACCACCAGCCAUGGGUGCCAAGACCACCUCAUGCUUCACCUUCCUCAAGGAAGCGCUGGUCCUCCCCACGCGAAACCCCAAGCUCUUCGCCCCCAUCCUCAUCCUCCUGGCCAUCAUCGCCUUCCUCGUCCCCGCGGUCAACGUGGUCCUCAUCCAGCCGCUCACCGCCGAGAUGCUCCGCCACGUCACCGAGAUGCAGACCACCGACCCCUCGAGCGCCGAGUUCGCCAGGCUCCUGGAGGAGAUACGACAGGAGGCCAGGGAGCUCGUCCUCAUCGCCGUCGGCCUCUUUUUCGUCACCCUGGCGCUCGUCUUCGCCAAGCAGAUCCUCGCCUUCUCCGCGGCCUCCACGACCUACUCCGGCGACCGCUACUCGCUCGCUGAGCUCCUCCGCAGGCUGACCAAGUGGGCCAACCUGAGAGGCCCUCUCGUCACCAUGGGCGUGGUCACCGCGCUCCAGCUCACGUUCAUGGCGCUCCUGGGCGCCUACCUCUCCACCGUCAUGCGCCACGCGGGGGCGCUGUCCGUGCAAGGCGCGCUCUUCGUCCUCGCCUUCCUAGCCUUCAUGUACUUCGGGGUGGUGGCGGUGGUGGGCGUCGCCGUGUCGGUGGCCGACGAGGAGUGCCGCGGCGUGCGCGCGAUCCUGCGGGCGUGGCGGCUCAUGACGCGGGUGAGCAGGAAGGAGGGCGCCCUGCUGGCGGCGGUGAUGGUCCUCCUGUCGACCGCUGUGAGCCCGGUGUAUGCGCUAGCGCUCGUGUACGCCAAGAAGAGCAUGGCGGUGGGGCUGUGCCUGCUGUUUGGGUAUGCUCUUCUUUCUGCUGCGGUAGAGCUGUUCUACAUGGCGGCGGCCACGGUGUACUACUAUGAGGCCAUGGAGAGCAAGGAGGUGGUCCUGGCUUUUGAUGGCUACUAUGCCGAGAUACCUUCCCGUGAGGCAAAUGUCUGAUUGAUCGGCCGGCACCGUAUAAUGAGUCAUAUACUUUGUGGUGCUUCCUAGCUGUUCAUUAUCAUUGUACUACUACGUGUAUAUGUUACUAUGUCAGUCCUCGAUCAUAUAUACAGAAAAGUAGGCAAAAUCAGCAGCCAUCGGCCCCUCCAGCCAGGCAGAUGUUUGUUCUCAAGGACGCCAUUCACUUUUGGGUGCUUUCCGCUUUGCGGCGGAGAGGAUCAUCCAUGGAUCUGCGUGGCCGGGAAUGGAUUCUAGUUCCGAUUAGAUCUGAGUGGACAGGUUCCCCUUGCCUGCGAUUGGGGGCGAUGAGUACACACCGGGGGCGCACCCCGUGGCAGAUCUGCUGAGCAGGGUAGCCGAGUCCGGCAUUGGCAAUGUUGGAGUUGUGUUGAAUAUUGUGUACAAGGUAGGUUACAGUUGAACUUGUAGUUGUACCGUGUUUACAUAGGAUGUGGAGUCGUGUCCUAGUAGGACACUUGUAUUCUAGGCCUCUCUUAUAUAGUGGGGGUAGACACAUAAUGUAACCUAUGCCAGCAUAAUAACACAGGAACGCAGGGGAAGCCGGCGGCAUGUGCCGGCGUCCAGGGCGACCUGGUGUGGUAUUGUGAUGGUGUCACGGGGAGGAGCGCCCGUAGUCAAGC